AUGCAGACCACACGCAAACCAGCCGCCGUGCGACCUGCUCAAGCGGCCGGUCGAUACUGGAAAGGAAAGGCCCCAAAGGGCGUAGAUGCCGCUGCAUUAUCCGACUCAGAUUCUGACGAAGCAGCUCAAGAUGUUGGAGAAGACCAGGAGGAAAUUGAGGAAGAGGAGUUUGAGCUUGCAGGGCAGGAGGAGGACUCAAAGGCAAACGUCAGGAAAGGAGUAGCUAAGAUGAGCGUGGCCCUUCGAGAUGUUGAAGUAAAAGAUGGAAAAGUUAUCGUUGGUGGCCAAGAGGAAGAAUCCGAAGAGAGUGAGGAAGAUGAGGAAGAAACGAAGCCAAAGGCCCCUGGUGAGGAGUCAGGUAGCAGCGAAUAUGAAUCGAGCUCGGAAGAGGAAUCUGAAGAAGAGCCUCCCAAACCCCAAUUCCGCCCGGUGUUUGUUCCCAAACGUGCUCGCGAAACAAUAAAACAGAUCGAGGCCGAGUCUGAAUUCUCAGAAGAAGCCAUAAAACGACGAGAAGAAGAGGCGGCGCAGCGAAAGAAGGAAAGCCAUGAUAUGGUCGCCGAAAGUAUAAAACGAGAGCUGGCAGAGAAGGAGACCGCGGACAACGUUCCUGACGUCGAUGAUACGGAUGGGCUUGACCCAGCUGCUGACUCGGGUCGCGAGGAGGAACGUAUUGAGCGCGAACGUCGCGCAGCUCUCCCCGAAGAACAGAGGUUGAAGGAGGACAUGGAACGAGCUGACAAGUCCCGUGCUGAAAAACCAAAAGGACAGCAAAAGUUCUUACAAAAGUAUUGGCACAAGGGUGCUUUCCAUCAGGACUCUGAAAUUCUUAAACGACACGACUUCACUGAGGCAACUGAAUCUACUGUUGACGCAUCCCUUCUUCCGUCUGUUAUGCAAGUCAAAAAUUUUGGCAAGCGUGGACAGACCAAGUACACUCAUUUGUUGGAUCAAGACACGACUGCCAAACAGGGGGAGUUUGGAUCCGCUGGGACUGCCCGAACCCACCUGCACCAUCUGGUCCCAAUGCGUUAUUCGGCUCUCGAGAUGCACCCGCCCCCAAAACAUGGGGAGCAGGUCGAUCUGCCAACGCUGCAGACUAUAGUAGCAAACCUGACCGAGGGUGGAGGGACCGGGAUGACAACGACAGGCGGGAUAGCGACCGUCGAGGGGAUGGAUCGCGUAGAGUGGAUGAUCAGAGCCAGGGUCGACGACGCGACCGAAGCCCUCGCCGAAGAGAUCGAUCUCUGGACCGAUCAAGUUACCGAGAUGACGGUCGCCAACGUGAUUACUCGCCGCACAGACGACAUGAUGGCAAGGGGAGUGGACGUGACAGAGAUACGAAUGACCAACGUCGAAGGUCACGCUCUCGGGAGCAUCGCCGAGAACGGUCGCCGCCUAACCAUACGGACAGGUUGGAUAAGAGAAGGCGAGUAG